AUGGCGCAGGCACACCCAGAUGAAAAAUUGCAGGAAAAACUCGAGAAAGAGACCAUCACCACGACGGCUAAGAGGGAUGAAAAGAGGGAAAUUUCGUCUUUUAAAUUCAAUGCACAAGCGCCCGAAUUCGUGCCCAGUUCACGUACCCAGUCACCGGUUUCGGGUUAUUUUUACCCGUAUUUCAAUUAUCUUGGUAUGGGUGGGAACGAUGGAAGUGGGUCGGGUGAUUGGAUUUAUGCUGGUGCUGGUGAUCAAGAUCAGCAAAUGCAUCUUUUUACGAACCCUAAUGUUUUGAUCCCCAACUAUUCGAAGAAUGUCCUCACUGACGAUCUUCAGCAAAAAAUCAUCAAACAGGUGGAAUAUCAGUUCAGUGGCCUGAGCCUGCUUGCAAAUGAGUCCCUGGUUAAACACAUUAGCAAGGAUCCAGAAGGCUAUGUUCCAAUAUCUGUUAUUGCAUCUAUGAAGAAAAUCAAAUCCUGCAUCACUAAUAACCAUUUGCUUGCCCAAGCUCUCCGUUCGUCUUCAAAGUUGGUUGUAAGCAAUGACGGCAAAAAGGUUAGGCGUAAACACCCCUUCACAGAGAAAGAUAAAGAAGAAUUGCAGUCCCGCACUGUUGUUGGUGAGAAUCUUCCCGAAGAUCAUUCUCAUCAAAACCUUGAGAAAAUCUUUAGUGUCGUUGGAAGUGUUAAAGCCAUUCGCAUAUGCCAUCCCCCAGAGCCAAACUCGUCACAUUCGAAAGGGGAUUAUGUUUUUAGUAAUAAGCUCCAUGCUCUAGUGGAGUACGAAACUACCGAAAUAGCUGAGAAAGCAGUUGACAAAUUAAACGACGAAAGAAACUGGAGAAAAGGGUUUCGUGUUAGGUUGCUGAUUCGACGUUCACCAAAGUCUGUUUUGAAGACCAGAAAAUCAGAUUUUGAAGGAUUUCUUGAUGAUGAUGAUGAUGCAUUCGACUUAUCUGAAGAGUCUUCUCAGCCUAGUAGUGCAGAAACAGUUGUUGACAAUAACGGUGAGGAGAAUUCAAAGAAAGGAUGGGCGGCACGAGGGCGUGGGAAAUCAAAGUCACGGACACCGAGUCACAGCAGUCGUGGACUUCUUUCGCCAUCUCCACAAACGAGCAGCUCGGUGGUGCAUUUGGAAGCAUCCUCAACCAAACAGAGUGCUAAAGGGCCAAGAAUGCCAGAUGGAACAAGGGGUUUUACAAUGGGAAGAGGGAAGCCGAUUGCUUCGAAUCCUCCGAUUCUAACCGGCAUACCGUAAGGUUUCGAUGAUCAAAUUUUGUCAGUUUUUAGUUCUAUUAUAACACUAGAAGCCAAGCUAGUUCCUCAAACACCAUUUCAAGCAUCAAUCCAGGACCAGGA